AUGACGGGAGCAAAACAUUGGGCUAGGAACAGUAUAAGCUACGUGCUCGAUCCCAGUAAUCAAGAGAUGUCAAAUCAUGGAAUUCAUUCGCUCGGUGUGAACUCCCUUGAGUAUGAUAAAUCCAAUGAACUUUUGAUUUCUGGAGGUAGAGACGGAAUGGUCACUAUCUAUUUACCCACAAGGAGAGAAAACGAAGGUUUAGUUUUUGAUGAAUUCGAUUCUAAACGACAAAGCAGCUACGAAGUCAAAAGAUUCAUUAAAGAUAACCUGUCAAAUGAAGAAAGGAUCUUAGCUCUGGAGCAGAGCAUCAGAAAGGGAAUGCAUCAUGAACGACGACAAAAUUCACAAUUUCGUGCCACUAAAUUCUCUCAAUUACAUCUUGAUUGGAUUACAGAUUUGAAAAUAAUCGAUGACAAGCCUUUAGUUGCAUCUUGUUCACAUGAUCUGUCAGUUAAGGUUUGGAACUAUAGCACCAAUACAACAUCGACGAUAGGAUUUCACGAUGAUUAUGUGAAGUGUUUGGCGUAUGAUGGGAAUAGUCUCGCAUCGGGAGGCCUAGAUAACACAAUCAAUAUCUGGGACUUGACAAAAGAAAAGCAGGAAUCUUUUUUCAAGAGUAAGACAGAAAAUGGGUCAAUAUACUCAAUCGCCAGUCUCGGAAACAUGAUCAUUUCAGGUGGACCUUCUCAAAUAGUACAAUUGUUUGAUAAAAGGACUAUAAGCAAACCGAUUAGAUCGUUUGUUGGCCACACGGACACGAUUCGCUGCCUUUCUUUGAAAAAAUCUGCAUUUUUAUCGGGAUCGUCCGAUUCUACUAUCAAGCUCUGGGAUCUCAGGACUAACCGCAUACUCCGAAACUUUGAUAUGCAUGAAUCUUCGGUAUGGUCUCUCUAUGUUCCAGAAGAUCAAAAUGAGUUUGAGACAUUUUUCUCUGGAGACAAAACUGGAAAUUUGAUGAAAACAGACUUAAGAUCGUCAGACUUCAGUUUUGAUAUCUUAAAAGAAGAUUAUCUUGACUCCAGAGUCAACAGAAAUCUUGGAAUUACAACUUUAAUUUCCAAUAUAAAUACCAACAACAAAGAAGGUAUCGGUGAGUCAGAAUUGAACCAAACAAGUGGUGUCUUAAGUAUUACAGGUUCUCAUGAUUCGAUAUGGACUUCAAGCUCUAAUCCAGAUUUGGAGUUCAUUACAAGCUGGCCCAUUCCUAAGACCGAUAAAUUCCUCAUGUAUCAGGGAAUCAAAUUGAACAGGAACUUAUCGUUAUUGAAUACAAGCAGUCGAAAGUCUUUUGAUUCAUCACCAGGCGAUAAUUUUGAUAUUGCCAGUCAAUUGUCGAGCGAAAACUUAGAUCACAUUGAUGACGUUUUGAUGUCUCAGAUGAGAAUGAGAAAACCUACUUUUGACAUAGGAAGCCCUAUUGCUCGUGAGGGCAGCGGAAGGGUAAACUUCGUGCUCGAAAAUUCUGACAGUGAAUCAGAACUUGAGGAAAGUCGCUAUUCCUAUUUUGUGAACGUCAACGGUGGACCAAGUUCAGAAUUCAUCUUGAGCGAGAGAGGCGUCGAGAGCAAGACUGAAAAUGGAGAUCCAGAAGAUACAUUGGAAAUCGUUUUCCAGAGAUUGCCUGAGAGCUUACUUUAUGCUACACCGUUCGUCAGAGAACCGUUUGAAGCUAUAACGGGGGCACACGGACUCAUAAGAUCACGUCUCUUAAACAACAGGCGUCACGUUGCGGUUAUGGAUGAUGAUGGUCAGGUAUUUCUGUUCGAUAUAGUCGUCGGCCGACUGAUAAAAACAAUAGAUCAUACAGAAUACACCUCAGAUAUUAAGAAUCUAGAGUUGAACGACAGAUUUGACCAGAUAGUUCAGUCAUUACAGUCUCAGGAAUCUUUGCCGAUGUGGUGCACUGUUCAGGCAAAGGCUGGAAAAUUAUUGAUUACAAUGGAAGAGUCAAAAUUUGCCAACUGCCAAAUAUACCUGGAUGAAUUUGAAUCUAGUUAUGAUGACUAUACGAUAGAUUGCCAUGAAAAACUAGAUCCAGAAUCAUCGAAAGUGAAUAUCGGUGAGACGGUUCUCAAAUCAUUGAUGGUUGAAUUUACCGAGCUAGAAAAAAAGAGUUUGAAGUCUAAGACUUUCACUGAACUUGCAACCCAGCCAGUCACUAAAUCGACUUCCUCGAACUCAACUUCGGUUUUGUCAAAAAUGAUCAACAAGGAAAACCUGGUCUCUUUAGCAAGCGUUAACGAGUCUUUGGGAGAAAAAUCUCAAAGUGAAAACGAGAAGGACAAGCCAAUAAGAAAAAUGUUUGGAAGACAUCGUCCUUCGAUUACGUCUACCCCGUCUUCCAAGGGUGUAACAGAUACAGGAAAGAAUUUGGACGAUCACUCAAAGGCCUCAACUGAAGAACAGAUAAUUGAGUCAAUCACAGAAUACCGAGAGAUGCAGAACGCUAUUGUAUCGGGACAAUUGAAAGUCAAAAAAUCAGUUGAUCAUAACCCGCUUAUAGGGAUGGACAAAAACAUUAUGAUAGUGAUCAAUGAAGAGGGACAAAAUGCUACCAGAGCGCAGCUCAGCACAAAAUUGACGGAGAUCGAGAAAAGAUUCGAUGACCUUGAAGGUACAGUUCCAUUAUGGGCUUACAAAUACUUGCUUUUUGGAAGUGCACUUAUAAAAGAACUUCCAAAGAUUGUAUUUGUGCUUGUACCUCAUUCUUCAAUUAACGAUCCCCUGAUGAAAGACUUCAACUCCAGUCGUUUGAAUGCCAAUCCGCAAUUGAGAAUCGCAAGAGUAGCUGACUUCGUCAAAGAAAGGCUUCCUGAUUUGUUGCAAGAUAAGAAACUUCAGUUGAUUUGCAAGGACCAAGUCCUCGAUCCCAAAAUGACGUUAUUAACCAUCAAAUCUAGAAUUUGGAAAACAAGUGGAGAUUUAGAGCUUGUUUUCAAAUUUUUAUCUUGA